AUGGCGGCCGACGACGACGGCCCUCUCUACCUGGGCUUUGACCUGUCUACGCAGCAGCUCAAAGGCAUGUACAACUUAUUUUCCCAUUCUUUUGCUCAAAGCGCCACUAUUUUUACAAAGUAUACUAACAAUUUUCUAGCCAUUGUCGUAGGCUCCGACCUGCAGACCGUCGCCCGGGCGCACGUCGACUUUGACGCCGACUUUGGCCCCGCGUACGGCAUCACCAAGGGCGUGCACGUCCGUCCGUCCACCGGCCAAGUCUACGCGCCCGUCGCGCUGUGGCUCGACUCGCUCGACCUCCACGGCAGCGUCUACUGGAACGCCGACGCCGAGCGGCUGCUCGCCGCGCUGGAUCCGGACCGCGGGCCGCUCGCUGCGCAGCUCGAGCCAGCGCUCGCGCAUCCAUGGUCGCCCAACUGGCAGGAUCAGAGCACGCAGGACGAGUGCGACGCGUUUGACGCGGCGCUGGGCGGCCGCGAGGAGCUGGCCAAGGUAACCGGCAGCGGCGCGCAUCAUCGAUUCACGGGACCGCAGAUUAUGCGCCUCCGCCGUACUCACCCCCAAGUCUACGAAAACACGGCCCGCAUCUCCCUCGUGUCCUCGUGGCUCGCGUCGGUGCUCCUCGGCCGCAUCGCGCCGCUCGACGUCGGCGACGUCUGCGGCAUGAAUCUGUGGGACAUGCCCAACCAGCGCUGGAACCCCGCGCUGCUCGCCCUCGCCGGCGGCGGCGCGGACGGGGCAGACGCGCUGCGCGCACGGCUCGGCGAGCCCUGCAUGGACGGCGGGCAGGCGCUCGGCCCCAUUGCCAGCUACUUUGCGGCGCGGUACGGCUUCGACCCGCGCUGCCAGGUGCUGCCGUUUACCGGCGACAACCCGGCGACGAUUCUCGCGCUGCCGCUGCGGCCGGGCGACGCCAUCGUGUCGCUCGGCACGUCGACCACGUUCCUUAUGCACACCGAGACGUGCGCGCCUGACGGCGCCUACCACUUCUUCAAUCACCCAACAACGCCGGGCCACUACAUGUUUAUGCUGUGCUACAAGAACGGCGGCCUGUCCCGGGAGCGCGUGCGCGAUGCUCUGCCCAAACCAGACACCGCAGGCGACGGCGGCGGCGGCGGCGGCGGCGGCGGCGGCGACACCAGCUGGCAGGCGUUCGACAAGGCCGUCGUGGAUACGCCACCGCUUGGUAUCAGCGGCUCCGACGACGACGAUAGCCGCCGCGCCAAGAUGGGGCUCUACUUUGACCUCCGCGAGACAGUGCCCAAUAUCCGCCCCGGCACGUGGCGCUUCACCUGCAACGCCGCCGACGGGAGCGACCUUCGCGAGGAAAAGAACCCUAGGCCGGCAUGGUCCGCAGCCACCGACGCCCGUAUAAUUGUCGAGUCGCAAGCGCUUUCGAUGCGUCUGCGCUCACAAAAGCUCGUGCAGGCACCAUCCGGCGACGAGCAGCAGCAGCGACAACUCCCCGCGCAGCCGCGCCGCAUCUACCUCGUCGGGGGGGCUUCCCACAACGCGGCGAUUGCGCAGACGCUGGGCAGCGUGCUCGGCGGCGUCGACGGCGUGUACAGGCUCGACGUGGGCGGCGACGCGUGCGCGCUGGGCGGCGCUUACAAGGCUGUGUGGGCGCUGCAACGUCGCGAGGGCGAGGCGUUUGACGAGCUGCUAGCGGGGCGCUGGAGGGAAGAGGGCGCGAUUGCGCGCGUGGAUCGAGGGUACAGAGAGGGGACGUAUGAGAGGUACGGAAACGUGCUGGGCGCGUUUGAGGAGAUGGAGCAGAGGCUGCUGGCGGAGGAGGAGAAACGAUAA